AGGUUACCGUGUCCUUUUACGCAAACGUCGCUAGCGAGUUUACGACAAGCGCCCCCAUCCGGCCACUCCGCCGGGCCGGCCUGGUGGACCAUGAUGAACGGGGUCGGCGGCGCGCUCUAUGAGGAGCCGCACGCGUCGCCACCCGGCGGCAGCCCGCCGGCCGCCCCAGCAGCUGCUCCGCCGUCCGCCUCCAGCGCCUCGCCUGCUUCUGUGGGCUCCAACCCACCGCAGCCCCCGCUGCACAUCCCAGCCAAGCGCUACGAGCCAGAGCCAGGUGUUAUCCGCCACGCGCAACAGCCAUGGGGCUACCCGCCAGAUGCACCUGGCUCCUUUGAGCACCAGUAUCCAGCUGGACCUACCUACUACAAUCUGCCCGUUGAGAGGGAACGUAAAUCUACGUUGCCUUUCUGGCCAGCGAGUAGCGGCGAGUACAAACCGUACGCUGAUGGCGGCUGCCACCAAGGCUUCUCUCAGCCUUGCUGGAACUACCCGUACGGAGCUCCACGCGGUGACCAGCCCUUACCCUACGUCGGUGGUGAAGAGCGCAGGACGGCAGUCUCCGAGGCAUCCAGUUUCUCCCACGACGCGUACGGCCUACGAAACUACGCGCCAGAAUCGGUUUCCAGCGCACCCUACCCGCCUCCAGGUUCUCUGCCCGGUUCCCUGUCGAUGUCGGUGGGCGUGGGUGUCGGCUGCGGGUCCUCGAAUCCGCUGGAUUGGACCGGUCAAGUUACUGUGCGCAAAAAACGCAAACCAUACUCCAAGUUCCAAACCCUCGAACUAGAGAAAGAGUUCCUCUUUAACGCUUACGUUUCAAAGCAAAAGAGAUGGGAAUUGGCGCGAAAUCUGAACCUGACAGAGAGGCAGGUGAAAAUAUGGUUCCAGAACAGACGAAUGAAGAACAAGAAGAACUCGCAGCGGCAGGCGGCGCAGGCGGCGCAGAACAACAACAACAACUCGAAUGCGAACAACCACAACCACCACGGCGGGCACCACCACGCGCCGCACCACGUGGCGCUGCACCACGCGCCGCCGCCCAAACAUCAUCAGUGA